CUUUUUCUUCUUCCUACCUUUAGGUUAUUGAUAUAUUAGCGGUGGUUCAUUAAAAGUCGACAAGGGUAAGAGAUAGCAAACAUGGCGGAGGGCGGCAAUUUGAAGUGUAUUCCGGUGAUCGAUAUGCAGGAAAUGGAAGAUCUAGAGCAGUAUAAAAAAUUGAGAGAAGCAUCGGAAGAAUGGGGUUGUUUCAGGAUCGUCAACCACAAGAUCCCCGCAAGUCUGAUGUCAGAGAUGAAGAAAGUGGUGAAAGAACUGCUUGAUCUUCCCGUGGAAAUCAAAAAGCGCAACACCGAUGUGAUUGCUGGCAGCGGCUACGUGGCACCGAGCAAUUCCAAUCCUCUUUACGAGGCCUUGGGGCUCUAUGAUUUGGGCUCCCCUGCGGCCGUGCGAGCCUUUUGCUCUCAGUUGGAUGCCUCUCCUCAACAGAGGGAGAUAAUAGAGGCGUAUGCUGAAGCAAUACACGAGCUGGGCAUUGAUUUGGGGCGAAAGUUGGCCAAAAGCAUGGGGUUGGCGAGUCAUGAACUGUUCAAGGGAUGGGCUUGCCAGUUUAGGAUAAACAAAUACAACUUCAGCCCUGAAACUGUAGGAUCCUCUGGCGUACAAAUACACACAGAUUCAGGAUUUCUAACCAUACUUCAAGAUGAUGAAAACGUUGGUGGGCUUGAAGUGAUGAACAAGUCUGGUGCAUUUGUAGCAGUUCAUCCUUGCGCAGGCACCCUCCUUGUCAACCUUGGGGACGUUGCUAAGGCAUGGAGCAAUGGAAGGUUUUGUAACGUGAAGCAUCGAGUGCAGUGCAAGGAAGCAAGCAUCCGAGUGUCAAUUGCUUCAUUUGUGUUAGGACCCAAGGAGGCUGCAGUUGAAGCCCCACCUCAACUCGUCGACUCUCAACACCCGCGUCUCUACGCCCCUUUUACGUAUGAAGAUUAUAGAAAACUCUAUAUUUCCUCCAAAUUUAAAGCUGGUGAAGCUCUCCAACAUGUGCGCACCCAGAACUCCUGAUCAUCAACAGAGCCUACGUACCAACCUGAACUCAUAGCCGCAGGAUUUUAUUGAGGAAGAAGAAUGAGAAUUUGAAAAUAAUGCUUAUCUUGUACAUGCUCUGUUCCAAUAACAGCAGAGAAAGCAAAUCAUGUCUUCUCCGAAUCCAAAUGUACAAGAUUAUUGAUAUCUAUUUUGCACAAAUUUGUAUUUGAAACCUCUUUAUGAUGGCGGAAGCAAUUUGAAUUCUUAUUU